CGUGCCAAAACACCUAUCCGAACAUGCCAUUCCAUUACAUUGCGGUUUCCAGGGAAAACGCCCAGUUUUCCUAUUCCGGCCAGUUAGAUCGAUACUGUUCACUGUCUGCUAUUACUUGGUCUAGUAAGUAUCGUGGAAUUUUCUCCGAUUUCUACAACGCAGAUUUUGUUCAAAAAUGUCGACACCUAAGCCAAUUCUGAACGCGGAGGGUCUUACCCUAACCAACAAGAAGAUCGCCGAGCUGAAGAAAAAAGUUCAACUAGCGGAGGGUCAAAAGAAAGCUUACACCGAGGAAUGGGCGGACACUAAGAAAGCUCAGAACGAGAAAAUCUCGGAGCUCAAGAAGGAAGUACGCGAGCUGACCAAUAAACUGUCCUACUUGCACAAUCCAAACAGCGCAAAGGCACAGCGGAAUGUUCAGGAAAUUAAACGGCGGGUGCAGUUGCCACCCGGCGCGAAAACCGUCCAAGAUGGGCUGAACAUCGUGGACUUGAAGAUUAUCGAUCUAAAUAAACAGGCGGAUGCAACCGAGGCAAAGCACAAGAAGAGGGAGAUAUACUACCAAAAGUUGGUCGAGCAGUACCACAAGCUGAUGGGUUACAAAUACUCGAAGAGUGAUGGAUCGAAUCCUCCGGAAACGAUCGAAGAGGAUGCGAACAGGAAGGUGAUAACGCACUUGGAGAACGAGAUUCACCGGACGUCGGUACAGUGGAUGGAGGCGGAACACAUCCGCAAGAAGUAUCGUGGUAUCAAGCUGUCGCUGAUGAGAGACGCUGAAAAGUUCGAGAGUUCCUUGCUGGAGUUGGAGCAAGCGAUCACGGAACAGCAGGCGGAGAUAACGAAGCUGGAGGCGGUUCACAAGGAAGCGAUGCAAAUGCGGGACAAUACCAAAUCGAUUCUUCAGCGCCAGGAGCAGACGACUCAUUACGCGUACAAGGCGCGGGAGAAGCAAGCACUGGACUUUAGGCGACAGGUUGAAGAGCGAAAGCAGGAGUUGGAACGGCUGGAGCGGAAGAUUUUCUCCUCCGGAAAGACACUUAUGCACCAGGAAAGUAUUUUGUCCGCUUCCGGAGAUCAUUCUGGAACCAAGGGCGAGGGCGAUGACUCCAGUGGCCAUGGCAAAGAUUCGGCCUCUUCGAUGGAGCAGAAGUUUAAGAAACUGAUGCAAGCUACUGGGGUCAGCGCGGCCGCCGAAGUCGUCGAGCGCUUCCUGGCUCAGCGGGAGGCGUCCGCGAGGUUGACGUACCUCCGUACGGUCACCGAGAACGAGAAAAAGCAGUUGGAGUCCCAACGGGAGCUAAUGACGACACAAUUAGAUUCUUUUAAAUUUGCGGACGUCAAAGAUAGUGAUGUCAAUCAAGAAGAGCUGGAAAAGCUUCGUAUUUCGAUCGAAGAACAGAGGGCACGUCGCGAGGAGUGUGAGAAAGCGAUUGACUACACGCGAAACGUUUUCAACACAAUUAAAGAUUCGUUGGUGGAGCUGUUGCUGAGCCUGAGAGAAAUCGACGAGAACUUGGAUGUCCAAUUUAUCCGCAGGACACCCACAAAGCAGCCAGAUCUAAUGGACAUUUCCGUUGGAGAUAUCUCUGUCGAUGAGCUGGGAAACAUUCUGGAGGAGAAAAUCAAGCUCGGAAUGAUCGCGAGUGGUCAACUGGCCAACGACAUCGACAGCGGGCUGUCCGAGGACGAAAGUGAGGCACCUAUGCGUCCCCCGAGUGCGCUUCAAAUCCCGGCCUCUAGCCCAUCGGCGGGAACGUCCUCCGUGGCGGAUGAUCGCGAAAAACCACCGCCCCUACCGCCGGUUUAUGUAAAUUUGAUUGCCGGCCGGGCCACGGCACAGGUUUCGUCCGCCUCGCCGGGACCGGGCACAACGGUGGUCCUUUCGGACGACGAGGCCGAAGUUCCGUCGCGAAGCUACCUGAAGCGGCAAGCGAACAUGAUAAUCGAAGCCAAGUCGAGACGCAAGGGCUUCCGGGCGCCACCAACCAAGAGGCGUUGAGGGGUUUACA